UUAUAUGGUAUACAAUAAGAAGUUUAUUUGGUCUGUAGUCGAAUUUGCGGAGAAUUUCGAAGAAUCGACUGCAGUAGAAGUCGUCCCGACAACAUGGGUAACAAUUUUAAACAACGAAAUUACAUGCAAAUGGCCUGGGAAAAACAUCCGCAGGGCAAUCAACAAACGAACAGCCCCAUUAAGUUCUUGGGAAACUUGGAAUAUAAGAAACAUCUUUUUCCAAACUGAUGAAUAUCAGACUGCCGUAGAUUUCGCAAAAAGAAAAACAAAAACUGAUACAGAUACGUCAGUGCCAGAAACUGGCCGAAGCAAAAGGAGAGUAAAAAAGAAGAGCCAAAAUGAUUACACAAGCGACUUCAGCGAUAAUUCCCAAAAUCAUAGAAUGACACCACCUCCGAUGCUGUCUACCGUAUUUGAUCCUGCAAUCGAACGUAGACAAUCAAGUGAAGUUCUACAGACUACAAGAAAUCUGCCAGCAGAUAUUGACAACAUUUUUCCAACCGUCAAUAAAAAAAUAAAUAGUAAUAUAGGUGAUAUAGACUCAAACAAUAACGAUAAUAAAGAAAAUCAGAUAGAUCAAACGGAUGAUAUAGGGGUUAUGAAUCGUAACAAUAAUAUAAACAAUACUGUAGAUCUUGAAACCUACCCAACGGAGGAUUUAGGUCCGCAAAAUAUUGCUGGAAACGCAUCUCCAAUUCCGAUAAGAAAUAACUUAUUCGCAGGAAACGUAAUCUUUGAAGAUUUUCCAUCAGAUAGCCAGAAUAUAAUUAAGAUUUUAGAGAACACGAUAGAGAUUAAAAAGCUAUUAAGACAACAAAAUGAAUUUGUUGAGCAAUUAAAACAAAAAAACGACGAAUCAGUAAUAUUUGCAGCAGCAGGUGCAAGAUAUAAUAAUUUUUCGACUAUCCCUACAAAACCAUUUAAAAAGCACCGAAAAUUACUGCAGUAUGACACUUCAUUGAAGAAUGAUGAAGAUGGAAAAAAACAACUGGAAACAUUUUUCUAUUUGCUUGGAGGAGACUCACCUCAGGAUCAAAUAAAACAUAGCUUGGAAAAAAUGUUUUCCAAUAAAUUGGCUAUGAAAUGUUCAUGGAAAGGCCAGAAAGGAAACUUUGCCAUAAAUUCACUUCUGCUAAUAGAUAUCAUAAAAAAGGCUGCUCGAAAGCAUUAUCCGAUGUUAACGGAUAGACAAUUUUUAAAUCAUGUUUCCGCCUGGUUUAAAUAUGCCAAAACACGUCAUGAUAGAGAGAAGGCAAAAGCACUUAGAAAUCAGAUCGGAUAA